CUCAGCUUGACACGGUUGUACCUGCGCUGCCUCGUACCGAGGGACAACCUCGUCUUGAAUGUACAAGACCAAAACAUGGCACAAGACAUAAGGAAAUCCCAACUGGUUCUCCUUUCCACUUCAUUAAUAUCAUAAAGACGUUCAAUAGAUUGUGAUGGUGAAAGCAUACACUCAAGAGCAUGUUUACAAGCACCCAUGGGAGAGGGUAACUUCUGCAUCUUGGCGCAAAUUUGCUGACCCUGAGAACAAGCAUACUUUGUCACAUAUACUUGAAGUGGAUACAUUGAGCCACAAGCUGGAUCCUCUCUCUGGGAAGCUUUACACAACUCGUGCCCUUACCAUCCAUGCCCCAGGACCAUGGUUUGUCCGCAAAAUUGUUGGUCAAGAUAUCUGUCACUGUGUUGAAUCAACUGUUGUUGAUGCUCAGUCAAAGUCAAUGCAACUCACCACCCGCAACAUUAGUCUCCAAAAGUUCAUAGAAGUAGAGGAAAAGAUCAGAUAUGAACCUCACCCAGAUAAUCCAACUGGGUGGACAAUGUGUCGACAGGAGACUAGUAUUCGCAUUAAGCCAUUAUCGGCGCUGGCAUCAAUGGCAGAAAAGGUGGAGCAACGAUGUGCUGAAAGGUUCAUGCAGAAUAGUGUUAAGGGUAGAGAAGUUAUGGAGAGAAUAUGCAAGUAUCUUGAAGCUGAAUCUGGUGGAAUUGCUCUUUAAUUUUCACUUGCAGAGUUCAAUUUCUUUUAGCAUUCAAACCUCAUUGGGCUUUCGAGCUCUUUUAGAGUUGAGAAUAACUUACGACAGGAGAAUGUAAAACUACAGAAUGUUUAACACAACAUCUCCUAUCAAGAGUUUGAUACAAAUUUUUAUGUAGUUCAAACGAAAUUUUGGAACUCAGUGUUCUUGUUUUUGAGUUAAAGACUGAGCAUUAUAUUGCUUUCCUGGAUUUUGCUAGAAGAGAAGGUAUUUUGGUAGAGUUGCUCCAGUUUUAGACAUAAUGGAGUGCGUUUGUUCCAUCAUAUUGUAUUCGAAAAACUGUUUCUGUAUGGGAUUGAUUUGAAAUGUAUACUAAUGGAUGAGGCAUUGAAACAUA